AAAAGGAUAUGAUUGGAAUGCAAUAUCAGAGUUAUUAAUAUUAUAGUUAUGAGAAUCUAAAAGAAUUGUAAGAGAUUAUAAAGGUUGAUGGGAUUGGAAUAAUGGAUAUUGAUGAAGAUGAAUAGAUAAUCGAAUAUUAGAUUGAUCGAUCGAAAUGUGUUAGAUUAAGUGAUCUCAUAUAUAUGAUUGUAAUCUCUAUCAUAAUACAUUAUUAGACUUAAAACUUUCUUAGAUUUCAUUUAGGAUAACUCUUAGACUUAUUCCAAAAAUUAUUAAAGAAAGUCAUGUUAUUUUAAAUUAAUCAUAUUGAGCAUUCAUACUUAGAUACAAAUAGAAUAUGGUUGGUAUUUGAAAAUUAAUCUCCACCUUUAAGCAUUGUUUAUACUACAAUUGAUUAUAAAAUUGCAUUUACAGGAUAUCAAUGUUAAUUCUAUGAAAAAGGAUCAAACAUCAUAUCAGCAGAUUAUUAAAUCUAAAAAAUUAUAAAAGUCAUUUUGAACAAUUUCAAGAAAAAUAAUAUAUUCUUUAAUGAUUCCAAAUAAAAUGAGAUUAAACAACAGAUUUAUGAUCCAAUUAUCUAAGCUUGUGAUAAACAUGAUAUUAAAAAUACUUAAUCAGUAAUAAAUUAUAUUCAAGCUGAUUUUGAAUUUUAAAAAGAAUAAUAAACUAUUUCAUGGGACAUUUAAUUAGAGAAUUCAAAAGUUGAUCUCGUAAGAAAAUAACAUAUAGACCAAAUUUAGUAAUAGUUGAAGGAUUAUAUUUACGCUUUAAAACAAGAGACUUCAUUUACCUUGGAAUUUAUAAUUUUGACUUAGAUAUAAAACAUGGCAGCUCCUCUUGAUAAUCCUAAAUGCAAAUUCAAUAAAGUAGAUAAGAAUAAUGAGUAUUUUAAGAUUGUAAAAUAAAUUUAAGAAGAAAAUUAAAUUAUACAAAAGAAUCACUUACAAAAGGAUAUUUAAUAAGCUGUUGAUAAGGCUUUAAAAAAAAUGUUGGAAUAUUAUAAAUUUGAAUUUUCAUAAGAAGAAAAACAAGAAUUAUAUGAUGGUGUAUUAGAGAGAAUUCUAAAUCUGAAAUUGAUGUAAUAUUUUUAUAAUUCCCCACAUUAUCAUUUAGAAAUAAGUUAGGAGAAUUUGUUAGAACGUGAACUUAGUUUGCAACGUUAAUUUAUUUAAAAAAUAGCGAAUGAAGAAGUUGGAAGACUCAUAUAACUUCAUAUAUUAAUAUUGAUUAAUGAUUUAAUUUGA